UGAGGCGCACGGCGCGUGAUGGGUCGCCGCGCCGCCGGCGUUGUCCCGGCGCCGCGCCGUGACCGCCCAGCCAUUGACGUUGUUGGUAGCGGAGCAGCUGUGGCCCGCUCGCUCCAUCGAUCAGGUUCACACCGAACCCUCCACAAUUUAAAAAUCUCUCGCCGGAUCCACGCCAACCGAACCUCGCAACCGCCAGCGUUUUUAUACCCUGCCGUCGCCUUCCGCUCUUCCUCGGCCGAGGACAUCAGCCGCACAUCGCAAGAGCUGCUGCCGCCCGCCAUGGGCAACCUGGUUCCGGCGAGCGCCGGCGGCGGGAAGGUCGUGCUGCCGGACGGGAGCGUCCGGGCUUUGGGCGAGAACACGUCCGUGGCCGAGCUCAUGGUGGAGCACCCGCGCCACUUCGUGGUGGACGCGCGCCUCGUGGCGGCCGGCGGGGCCAAGGUCGCCGCGCUGCCGGCCGACCACCUGCUGGACGGUGCCGGGGUGUACGUCGUGCUCCCGGCCACCCGGGGCAGGGUCUCCGCCGACGAGGCCCGGCGAGCGCUCGCGGUGUCGCGGCUGCUUGCGCGGUGCCGGUCGAUGCCGGUCAGUGCGCUGGAGCGGCGGGACGAGGCGGCGCCGUUGCUCGGCGUGGUCGGUGACCAGCAGCCGGAGCUACGGAGCCAGGAACUGACGCGCAGCGGGCCGUGGAAGCCCAGCUUGAAGACGAUCGAAGAGCGCGUGCUGCCGAGGAAGGUGCCUCACUGGCUCUUCUGACGCCAAUCGACUCGUGCAACUGCAAACGGAUGUGAUAUGUGUGGGAAGCUCUUGUUUAUAAAAAUAAAAAAUGGCAUGUGAUUAGACACUUUUCUGAACCGAUAUGCUGCUGAAUAUAUGUGUGUAUAUACAUGGCAAGAGAGCGGAGAUCUUUACAUACAUGAACAAUUCGGUAUCCCGGCCCGUGAUACUGUUCUUCUAAGUUACAGUUCCAAAAA